AUGGGACUCAGCAUCAGACCCAGUCAGAGAAGACGAAGUUAUGGAUAUGGUAGAAACCACAGCCUUACGCUCCUUAACAUACCAGACGUUACGACAUGGCAAAGAGGGAACCGAAAGUCAGUACUGGACCUAGCAUGGGACAGUAAUAGCAUCCAUCUGUGCACCAAAUGGGAGCUAGUACAAGCGGAGGAUACCGGGUCAGACCAUGCACUCAUAAGAUUGCGAAUCGGAAAAGUGAACCUGGAAGAAACAUACAACCCCCUCGAAAGCCAGUACAAUUUCAGAAAGGCGGACUGGAAGAAGGCAAUAGAUGCAGCUAGAGAACAACGAACAAGACUAAGAGAGGAAUGGAAAAGAGCUCAAGAUAAUGAGGACAUGGACGAUAUGGCAAAGAUCAUAGAAACCAUCAUACUAGCGGCGAUAGAGGAAGGGGUCCCAAAGACAAGAAGAUCCUGGAGAAGUAAAAAAUGGUUCGACCAAGCUGUUAAGGAAAAAAGGAAAAGAAUGGCUAGAUCCCGCAGAUGGUGUAGGGUGGGAGAAAGAGAAAGUGAAGAGGCGGAAACAAGGAGAGCCGAAUGGAGGCUGAAAAGGAAUGACUACUUCCGAGAAAUAAGAAAGAAGAAGAAAGAAUGCUGGUAUAAAUUCGUUGGCGAGGCAGAAGGCAACGACCUAUGGGGAGUAUGGAGAUUAGUUUGCAAAAAACGAUAUGCAAAAACGCCCACUAUCGAGCAUGAGAAUACAACGGUGGUUACAUUUAAAGAAAAGGAAAAAAUCUUCAUAAAACAACUCUUCCCCAAAGCGCCAAACGAUACAGAUAGCGUUAGAACAGCACCCCAAUAUGACGAACUACCAAAAUACACCCUGACAGAGGAAGAAGUGGGGGCAGCGAUUUGGAAACAAGGAGCCUAUAAGACACCCGGCCCGGAUCGCAUCUGCUUUAUUGCGCUCAAAGAACUCUGGUCGGAAAUCUGA